CAGCAGCUAUUUUGUAAAAUGCAUUUUUUUCAUGAAAAUUGUCACUGGUGAUCAGGAACACCAGACUCCAGUUUAUAGAUCAACUUUAUUCAAAGCUGUUCAUUUAGUUCUUUUGCAUAAAAUAGCACAAUAUUUUGUGAUUCUAACUUUUCUUUCUCAUGGUCAAUCCUCCUUUGGUCAGGUGUGGCUAAAUUAAGUGCAGCUGAGAAGCAGCGGUUAACAGACAUUGUGAAGAUGUUGUUUAUGAUCUUUUACUGCUUUCACUAAGUAUUAAUGAUAGUAUUUGAUUGAAUGCCAAAUGUAACAAUUUAAUCUACUUAAUUAUAAUUGAAGAAUGUGGAUCUUAUAUGGAUGUCACUGGUGUUACUGUUUUUUUUUUUUUUUGUCUGUCACAUUAAAUAAAAUGUGUCACAUUUGACAUAAUAAUUUUACAUCCAUUGAAUUGUGCCCGACUCUAGAAUUAAGAUUUAAAGGAAUACAUCAUUACUUGUUUAUAACUGCUUUUCAAAUAUUUUCAUUGUUAGCAAAUACAUGGUUGUGCAAAUUAACUGACAUCAUUCAGUCACACUUAACAAACCUGAUUAAAAUAAAUAACACGCAAUCUCCUUAUUUGUUCCAUUAUCAUUAUUUUUCUUUAACUCUGACUGAAUGUGUUGAAAUAUUUAAUUAAAACCUUUAAUAUUGCAAAAGAAGUAAGAUAACACCAGUGACAAAAAAAAAAAAAUGGUGCAUGAUCAUUUUCAUUUCCUGGAUGAUUAACUAACAUUCUUUUAUUGAUGUCUUUCUUGAAUAAUUACGUAAAGAUAUGAUAUCCGUCUCUUGGCAACGCCAUUGAAACACGUAUUUUUAAUAAGAGAAUUUAGGGUUGGUGAAGCUCUUCACUUCUUCUCUUCAAACUCCAUCACUCGUACUGUAGGAGGCGCUGUGACAUUGUUUAGUCUACCGGUAAAACCACUAAAGAAAGAAAGGCUGGAGCCCUCAGACGAUGUUGAGCAUGAAAGCGCAGAUGGAUGUGAUCUGCUGUAAAUCAGUAGGAACUGAUCUGUCCAUGCUGGAUAUUGAGGAUUUCAUCAGUGAAAUCUGUCAGCUGAAGAAAGAGGUGGCGUCACUGGAGGCAAAGCUGAGAGAAAGAGGAGACAAACCCAACAGAGAGGAUCUGGAGAAGGUUUCAGUGUGUGUGACUGAUGGGACAGAAGCUCAGGAUUCAGUCUGGAGAUCCAGAGACACACAGGACUCAGAGCUCAGCCUCACUUUACUGUGUUAUACUGACGCUCAGGAUCAUGGAUCCGCUGAUCAAACCUCUGACUGUAACGCAGGAGAACAGCAGAUGCUGCAGACGCCGCUGAAGAUGUGCUCCGUCAAACUGGUGGACUGCAGGAACCUGAUAAAAUACACAGCAGAGGAACAACAACAGAGUCAUGAGGAGGAGGAAGAGCAAGAUGGGAAUAAUGAUGGCGAAGAUGGGAAUAAUGAGGAUGAUGGGAAUGAUGAGGAUGAUGAUGAAGGAAGCAGAGGAGAAAAAACAGAAGAGGAACAACAACAGAGCCAUGAGGAAGAUGAAGAAGAUGAAUAUCAGAAUAAUGAAGUUGAUGAUGAAGAUCAGAAUGAUGAUGAUGACUUUGUUCCUUCAGACGCUGGUUCAUCUUCUGAUGGAGAAACUGCCUCUACAUCCAAAAAGCGAUGGACAAGUGGAAAAACAUUCGGCAAAAAGGAAAAUUUAGCGAGACAUAAGAGAAAACACUCAGAACAAAAAGAUUUCACCUGCAAGAUAUGUGACCUCAGCUUUUCUACUUAUGCAGAGAGGAAACUUCAUUCAAAAGAGCACACCGUGAAGAAGGAGUUUCGCUGUGAACAGUGUGGGAAGGAUUUUUUCACCACUCCUUAUAGUAUGAGAGCUCAUAUAAACACACACAGUGAAAAGACUUUACAGUGCAACGUCUGUAACAAAUAUUUCCGCACCAACGCACAUCUUUCAAUGCAUAUGAGAAUCCACACGGGUGAAAAGCCAUACAAGUGCCCUCAUUGCGAGAAGAGCUUCAGCCAGGGAUGCCAUCUGAAGAACCAUCUGCUCAAACACACCAAUAAGGGGCAGUACCAGUGCCCUCACUGUGAGAAGAGCUUCAGCCAGGGAUGCCAUCUGAAGAACCAUCUGCUCAAACACACCAAUAAGGGGCAGUACCAGUGCCCUCACUGUGAGAAGAGCUUCAGCCAGGGAUGCCAUCUGAAGAACCAUCUGCUCAAACACACCAAUAAGGGGCAGUACCAGUGCCCUCACUGUGAGAAGAGCUUUAAUCUCGGAUCAGCUCUAAAGAACCAUCUACUCGUACACUCCAGUGAGAGGCCGUACCAGUGCAGUGAAUGUGGGAACAACUUUACAAACUCAGCUUGUCUGAAGUCACACCAAAAAAUACACUCUGAUUUCAAACCGUAUCAGUGUUCAUACUGUGAGAAACGAUUCAAACAUUCGACUCACCGGAAAACCCAUGAGAGGAUUCACACCGGAGAGAAACCGUACCUGUGCUCCUACUGCGGGAAGAGCUUUUCUAGUCCAUAUCCUUUUAAAGUUCAUCUCAGAGUUCACACUGGAGAAAGACCGUAUUGCUGUAGUGAUUGUGGGAAGGGCUUUUAUAUGCUAAGUGACUUAAAAAUACAUCAGAGGACUCAUACAGGAGAAAAACCUUUUAAAUGCUCACAUUGCGACAAGGCUUUUGCUCGUUCGAGUGCCAUGAAGGUCCAUGAGCGAAUGCAUACAGGAGAGAAACCUUACCGCUGCUCCAUCUGCGGCGAGAGUUUCUCUUUUAAAUGGGGUCUUCAGAGUCACAAGAAGAAACACACUGAACCAGAAUCAUCAUAGCUUCAUCAUGUAAUUAUCUUUAGGUUGUGUAAAAAAACACUUUUGCAGUAUUCGGGGAAUGUUAUUUUAUGAAAAAUUCUCUGUAAUGUACAAAAGUAUUCUUGUUUCUUCAUAAAAUUAACCAUGUUUCUCACCAUGCAAUUGCGAACGGUUCU